GGAAGUGUAGGAUAUAAUGAAAUAAGAAACUUAUUAGAAGAUAACAAAUGGGGUAGCAGAGAGGAUGAGUCUGGUACUACUGCUUAUAUCUUAAUGGAAGAUAAUACCAAAACAUAUCAAGUUAGUUUUAUCUGA